UUGCCUUGACACUAGUCUAGGAGAAGUAAUUCCGUGACUGCGGCUACCGCAAUUUCAGCAACAUGGAGGGCGUUUUGUACGUUCUUGCUGAUUCAUUUUAGGAGCCAGUGGGAAAAUGGCAGAGAGUUAAUCCUGUUGGAUGUGGUUCGUCCUUCUUGGUGGUAUGAUGACAUUACCCUGGAUACCGUGGCUCUUGAUACAUCACAAAGACUUGCUGUCUUGGUCACAGAUGCGCCAGCAAGACGUGCACCAACAAUUUGUCCUCUUUUGAACUCUGGUUGGAGUGGGUGGAGAUCAUUGAACCCCGCACCAGGGAGCGCAUGUAUGCCAACCUACUGACAGGCGAGUGUGUGUGGGACCCCCCGCAGGGAGUUUGCAUCAAGCGGACUGGUGAAAAUCAGUGGUGGGAACUGUUUGACCCCAACACUUCUCGCUUCUACUACUACAAUGCCUCCACCCAGCGAACAGUGUGGCACAGGCCUCAAGGAUGUGACAUCAUCCCAUUAGCCAAGCUUCAGACCCUGAAGCAGCACACAGAUGCCAUUAAUCCCCGCUCUACUGCUGGAGGGGAAGGGAGAGGCUCCACGGACAACAGCCCAGGACGUAACAGCGGGGUCAGCCGAGAAGGAAGUACUUCCUCCUCCCUGGACCAGGAGCUUUGUGAAAAGCAGAGCAGCAAAGAUGAGGUAGAGAGGACUUCUUCUUUCCGCUGGAAUACUGGUACAAAGGAGCGGAUGCUCAUCAAGGUGACAGACAGGGAGCCCAGCUUUUUGGCUCAUCAAGGAAAUGGCUACUCACUCUGUGAAUCCCCAACCCCUGGAGGAGGAAACACCUUGCGAAACCGCCAUUCAUCUGGAGGAAACCCCACCUCAGAACCAAAUGGCUCACCUGUUCUCUACUCUGACCGUCGUCAGUCUCCAUAUCUGAAGCGGGCCGAGCUAGGCAGCAGUGGAACCCACCGCCGUCCCUCCACUGAGUCCCAGCCUCCAUCACCCCGCUACGCCUUUGAGCCCCCCCUGUAUGAGGAACCUCCAUCUGAUUUUAAGCCACCACCCAUCUAUGAAGAGCCACCUAUUGACCUGAACCUCUCAGACUCAUCUUCCCUUUAUGGUACAAACAAAUCACCAUCCCGGAAGUCUCCAGCUCCCUUCUACCACUCCCCCAAGCAGAGCCAGUCGUCCUAUGGUCAACUGGUUCUGACUAGGCAAAAAUGUCCAGAAAAAGCUCAGAGCCUGGAGUACAGUCCUGUAGGAAAGGAAUAUGUCAAGCAGCUGGUGUACGUAGAACAGUCAUCUUCUAGUCCACGCUUCAAGACUGCUGAUCGUCUACAGCGUUAUGGUACAAAUGGAGGCUUUGGUGGAUCAUUUGGAGGGUCCUAUACUCUGCAGCAUAGCCAGUCUUUGAUUAGAGAUCCCCGCCAACUUUUGGACUAUCGUGGAGAGGGAGGAGAAGGAUCUCAAAGGUUUAUUUUUGAAGACUCCAUUUCCUGGACAUCUAGUCAGACUCAUUCACUGUCCUCCUCUACAGCUGGGCCAGGUGGUUUCUCCCCCAGUGGCAAUCGUAAACGCAAGAGCCGCAAGCCAUCCCUCCCCCAGGAGUUGGGAUGCUGCGGGAAAGAGGAGCUCCCAGGCACAGGAUCAGAGGUCAUGCUGGCCCAGGCCAGGCUGGCAUGGGAAGCCCAGCAGGUCAUGAAACAGAGGAGCAGUUGGGACUCUGGUCAGGGAGGAGGAGUAACCCAAUGCAGCAGCUCCAAAGACGGAUAUGAAAGCGAUGGGGCAGUGCCUCUGCCACUACCAGGACCUGUGGUAAGGGCAUUCAGUGAGGAUGAGGCACUAGCCCAGGGCGAUGGCCACCACUGGAAACGCAGUACCUUUGACCGUUUGGGGUUCCCUCAGGCACUGCUGGAGAAGAGCCUCUCUGUCCAGACCAACCUGGCUUCCCCUGAGCCUUACCUGCACCCUUCCCAGUCGGAGGAUCUUGGAGCCUGUGCCCAGUUUGAAGCCAGUCGAAAUGCCAGGAAUAUGAUGCCAAGUGCAAGCUGUGGCAUAUUCACAGAAUUUAGCUUGAGAAAGCCCUCCUCAGAGACUGACAUUGAAAACUGGGCAUCCAAGCAUUUCAACAAACAUACACAGGGUUUGUUUCGGAGAAAGGUUUCAAUUGCCAACAUGCUAGCUUGGAGCAGUGAGCCCAUAAAGAAGCCAAUGAUUGUGACUACAGACCGAGGCGUAAAGAAGGAGGCUGUGGACAUCUUUAAGCUCAUACAGACUUUUAUGGGAGACCGUCGCUCCAAAGCAGACCCUCUUUCACUGGCUCUGGAGGUGGUGGUGCGGGGCUGGAGUAACCAGGGUCUCCGUGAUGAGCUCUACAUCCAGCUGUGCCGUCAAACUACAGAGAACUUCCGGUAUGAUAGCCUGGAGCGUGGUUGGGAGCUGAUGGCCAUCUGCCUAGCCUUCUUUCCUCCCACUCCCCGUUUCCACACCUACCUGGAGGGUUAUAUCUACAGACACAUGGACCCUCUUAAUGACACCAAAGGAGUUGCCAUUAGCAGCUAUGCCAAAUACUGCUACAGGAAACUGAUGAAAGCUGCUUUGACUGGAGCCAAAAAGGGGCUCCAGAAGCCCUCUCUUGAGGAAAUCCAGCAUGCCAGGAAUGCCAUAUUUAGUCCAUCCAUGUUUGGCUCUUCAUUAGAGGAAGUAAUGGUGCUUCAGAAGGAGCGAUAUCCAGACCGCCAGCUGCCCUGGGUCCAGACCCGUCUCUCUGAAGAGGUUCUGGGUCUCAAUGGAGACCAAACAGAGGGCAUUUUCAGGGUUCCAGGGGACAUAGAUGAAGUUAAUGCUCUAAAGCUGCAAGUUGAUCAAUGGAAAAUUCCCACCGGACUGGAAGAUCCACACAUCCCAGCUUCUCUGUUGAAACUCUGGUACCGGGAACUGGAAGAGCCGCUGAUCCCUCACGAGUUCUACGAGGAGUGUAUCAGUAGCUAUGACAACCCAGAGGCUGCAGUCAAUGUGGUUUUGGGCCUGCCACACAUCAACAAGCUGGUACUCUGCUACCUCAUUCGCUUCCUGCAGGUUUUUGCCCAAUCUGCCAAUGUAGCCAUUACCAAGAUGGAUGUGAACAACUUGGCCAUGGUCAUGGCUCCUAACUGUCUACGUUGCCAGUCAGAUGAUCCCAGGGUGAUCUUUGAGAACACCCGUAAGGAGAUGUCCUUUAUCCGGGUGCUCAUCCAGCGACUAGACACCAGCUUCAUGGAUGGGAUCUUAUAGCGCCCCCUACAGCUGUUCAGUGACCUACAGCCUCUCCUGUGCUCCCUUUAACCUGCUCCCUGCACACUCCCACAGCACAUGGACACCAUACAUUCAAAUCGUUGCUGCUGGUGAAUACUUGGCAAGUUCAUGUUUACUUUUGACAACAAAAACUGCCUUGAUUUGAGUUUGGCUGCUUUACAUUUUGAGUUGUAUCAGCUGUUUCAAUUCUGUGGAUUUGGUCCAGCUGUAAUAUUGCAUAUAAACCACCAAUGUUUGGUUGGGGUUUGCUGAACCUAACAGUACUGUGUGUGCCUUCACAUCCAUUAUUACACUAUAAACAUUCAGCUUGAAGAUU